AUGGAUAAUAAUCUACCAGCUUGUGUUAUAGAUGUGGGAACUGGGUACACAAAAUUAGGUUUCGCUGGUAACAAGGAACCGCAGUUUAUCAUCCCGUCAGCCAUAGCGAUAAAAGAAACUGCUAAAGUUGGUGACCAAAGUACUAGACGUAUGACUAAGGCAGUGGAGGAUUUAGAUUUUUUCAUCGGCGAUGAAGCAUUCGAAGCGACUGGAUAUUCAGUGAAAUAUCCUGUUCGUCACGGUCUAGUUGAGGACUGGGAUCUUAUGGAAAGGUACAUUGAACAAUGUAUCUUUAAAUAUUUGCGUGCCGAACCAGAAGAUCAUCAUUUUUUGAUUACCGAACCUCCGUUAAACACGCCGGAAAACAGAGAAUAUUUGGCCGAGAUAAUGUUUGAGUCAUUCAAUGUUCCGGGACUGUAUAUCGCUGUUCAAGCCGUUCUCGCUCUUGCUGCUUCAUGGAAGUCGCGUACAUCCGCGGGACGUACUUUUACCGGAAUUGUUGUGGACAGUGGUGAUGGUGUAACACAUAUUGUGCCUGUAGCUGAGGGUUAUGUUAUUGGAUCCUGUAUUAAGCAUAUCCCCAUAGCGGGGAGAAAUAUCACUUCAUUUAUCCAAUCACUCCUACGAGAACGUGAAGUAGGCAUCCCUCCUGAGCAAAGCUUAGAGACUGCAAAAGCUAUUAAGGAAAGAUAUAGUUAUAUUUGUCCAGAUAUUGCAAAGGAAUUUGCUAAGUAUGAUUCAGAUCCCGGAAAAUGGAUGAAAAAGUAUACUGGUAUAAAUGCAAUCACUAAAAACCCAUUUUCAGUUGAUGUUGGUUAUGAAAGAUUUCUAGGUCCUGAAAUUUUCUUCCAUCCCGAGUUUUCUAAUGCAGAUUUUACUGUACCUUUAAAUGAAAUGGUUGAUGAGGUAAUUCAAAGUUGCCCAAUUGAUGUUCGUAGAGGAUUAUAUGGUAAUAUUGUUUUGUCUGGCGGUUCAACUAUGUUUAGAGACUUUGGCAGGAGACUUCAGCGAGACAUCAAGCGUACAGUGGAUGCUAGAUUAAAACUAUCAACUAUGUUGUCCGAGGGGCGUAUUACGCCAAAGCCGAUUGAUGUCCAAGUAAUUUCUCACAACAUGCAAAGAUAUGCAGUGUGGUUUGGUGGAAGUAUGUUGGGUUCAACACCAGAAUUCUAUCAAGUUUGCCACACCAAACAGGCAUACAUGGAGUAUGGUCCUAGUAUUUGCCGGCACAAUCCCGUUUUCGGAACCAUGACAUAA